GCCCCGCGCACUUUAGUCAACCCACUGUCGUUAAGUCAACCUCUCUAAUUGGACAAGCGGAGGACUUUGGGACAACAAUUACCCCUGGCAGGAACCUGACCAAAGUGCACGUCCGGCCAUUCAAAAGCCAGAAGCGUUCUACACUGAGCCGAGAACUGUUAGCUACACACAAACGGGCCCGCUUUUCUCCGUGCUUGGUUGUGUGUGACGGCCUGGCCUUGUACGGGGGCAUUCGAGAGAGGGUGGAAACAUUUCUUGAAUGUAUCAACUUGCGGCUGUGUUUUGAGAGAGAACCCGGAGGGGGGUAAGAAGAGUUAUGAGUGAGUCGAACGCACGACGCCCUCAGACUGGCCCGUCUAUAUCGUGGGACAGAGCGAGAGUUCUGAACUCCAUGCGGACUAAAGAACUGCACUCACAGGUGGACGGACUGAGGUUGGACUGUAUCAAGAAUAUCUUCGAUAUCCAGAGAAAGCAGGGAGAGAUCAUCAGGAAGUAUGGCGAGCACCUUCACGGCGCGAAGGGUCUUUCCAGGUCGCCCCUGUUGUCGCGGAGCGCGUCGCGGAUUGCGACUGAGCCGGGCGGCACGAGCGUCAAGCACCUGCCGAGCAUUGGGUCGCCAAAGUACGGCUCUCCGAAGGUAGACCGACGAGUUUCGUCGCCAGCACUCUCCACAGAAGAGCGAGUCCGCAGGCGACUGUUGGGAGAACACGGUUCCGACGCGUCGUCGCCCCGUUCGGGAAGAGUUGGCGAUCCUCGCUUCACGAAAUCGCACGAGAUUCUUCCUCCGCGAAACUCCUCCAUGGACAGACUCCUCGCAGAUCCCUCAGACGAUUCCGAACACAACAGAAGACGGAAGCGCUCCAACACGUUCUCCGGGGUGGUGGACAACUUGGAAGCGGAGGCGAGCGGUACCAAGGCCGAGGCUGGAAGCCUCCCCGACCCGCUACCGCUACACAAACAAGUCGCGAACCUGCGAGCUUCCGACAGCCCGGCCCCGGGGUCUCCCAGUUUAACUCUCCAGCGGAAACACACCAGCCUGGCGGAUCUGGUGGGGUGCGAGCGGACAAGUCCACCGAGAAGCCCAGCUUUACUGCCGCGGAGUUACACCCCAGACGAGCCCCUUGCACACAGGAAUCCGAAAUCGUACGGCGGCGCUCAAGUCAAGGACUGUCCCUGUGUCAUCUGCGUGAUGGAGAAAAACAAGAACUUCAUCGGCAAGAAGCGACACACAGAAGUAGCUCUGGACAAAAACAGGACUAGAAAAGUUGCGGUUGAUGGUGAGUCAAUGGACGACAGUUUUGCAAGAGAGUUAGAAAAACUAAAGGAUUGUAGGUACCUUAGAAUGCGCACCAGUACCCAUUAAUUAUACUGUCCUUUGUACAUUGUAGGCUAUCUAGAACUGUUUGUAUACAAAUGCUAUAGUAUACUGCUUGUUUUACUGCUUAGGGGACAUUGGCGUUGUAAAUGUUUCUACACUAUAUAGUGUUACAUGUGAACAACAUUGACUAAAGUAACAGCAACAGUAGAAUUUUCUUUAAAAGAUUGUCGUGAAAGACGUUUGUUACAAGUUCAAAGGAAUGUCGCUACGGAUUGUUUUGGAACUUCGGCCAUGUGUUUUGUCUGCGACACUUGGAAGUCCGCCAAGUACCGAAGUCUCACGAUCACAGGACCGCAACUAUGUGAUAUGGCCGACUGAGUUACAGCACGUGGGUUUACAAUUUCCGCGUAACUCAACAAAAGAUAAUUGUCCGAUACCGGAUGAAAACACACACACACAUCCAAAGUUUCCUACAUUUCAGAAAUUAUUUUACAGUGACUCAUUCCGGUAUCGUAUUAGCCUCUACCAGUACUACCAGGCUUCGGGAGACGGCUGGAAAGAUUGCGGCAAAAUGUACUCUCUAGCGGACCAACUCCCCCGGCAUGUUAUCUCUCUAUUUGGUCAAUUUCUACUCUUUCCAGCCGCCUCCUGAAGCCUGGUAGAGGCUACUUUCGUGUGAUAAAUAGCGUUGAUGCGAGUGAUGUACAAACCCUAUAAAGUCAUCUAGAUAAAGCUACUUCAUUUGCGCACCUGUACAAGUAGUUACUCUUUAUAAAGCACGUGUUUGUUUACUCAGUCUGUAUAUUGGCCUAGUUUUUGUGUCGAUUAGGUCGUAUGAUCAUUCUUUCCUAGAACUAUCGCAGAGUGGAACUUGCUGUCACCAAGUACAGUAGGGGCAUUACAAUUAGAUAGCUUUAAACAAUGUUUAAGCGUUAGGUGUAACAAGUCGUUCGGUGUAAUGUAGCCAGCUGCCGCUGCGCCGCGUGCCUGCGAAGCUGGUGUGUUACGCCUAAGGUUGUUAUACCGGCUAUACAGAUACAAUUAAAAGCCAAUGAACUGGGAGUAAGAAUCACUCUGGUUGGCUGUUACUAAUACACUAUGCUGUUCUUGACCAACCAGCGUUGUUGUAAGUUUGUACAGUGUUAAGAGGGUCAAGUCAAUUCAUACUCGAUCGAUCAGCCAUAUCAUAUCAUAACUUGUCAUAAUUUAUGUUUUUGUCAUAAUUUAUGUUUAAUCGUAAUCUAUUUAAAGAUCACGAAAUGUGCAUAUAUCAUUGUGCUUGUUUAUAUGAAUGUACCAUAUAUUGCAAUGGAAGGGGAUAUAAAACAGGUGAUAAAAACCACCUUUACCAGUUGAAGUGAAGAAUAUGCAUGUACCAUCGAAUUAAACAUACAAUCAUACUUGUAACAGUGCAAAUAGUAGAUAUAUUAUUGAUAGAUAAUCUACCAUGAACUUUUAACAGUGUGAGAUUCAAGGUAUGUGGUUCUGUGUAUGUAUUGUUCAGAAAGUUGAAGAAAUGUCGGCUUGCGUUAGAGAUUUUUGUCAGCAGAGGCACAUACACUUAGCCGUGUUGACAUGAUGAGAGUUAAGUUCAUGACAUGUUGUAUAUAGAGGGGCAGUAUAGGUCACACGUUCCAUCGAUUGGCCAGCCAAAACGUGCCGUUUGUUUUUAAAAUUGUUCGCUACUUCACCAAAACAAUGUGCAAGAAUAACAUACACACACGCCUCAGUGUCAAAUAAUCCAGUGUUAUGUCUCAAUAACA